GUGUACGUCAGGCGGUAUAGUUCCAGACUUUGAAAUCUCAUGCAUCCAGUAGCUGUGUGGCAAGCGUGAGUGUCGCAUGCCUCACAUGACUAGGUUGUUUGCUGUUGACUAAACCUCGGUCAAGUGUGGCGGGGCUUAGCUUCUCCCUGGCUCCCGGCUACUCCCUAGUGACUUGGUCGCAACCUAGGCAUUAGGUUUAUUUUCUCUUCCAAUCUCAGUCAGGACGCCCUGCGGAAAACAAAACGGCGUUUAAUGCAACCUCAGUGCUGCCUUCAACUCGAACAUUCCCGUGUCAGCAAUUUAUUGUUACAAUCAUUGCUAGUAUUACGAUUUGCUACUGCCGUAGUGGUUUAUCUUAGUCUUCCUUAGACGCUUAAAUGUUCUUUGUUUUAUUUGACGCGUGGGGAAACAGUGACGUGUGAGAAAUGUAACCUGCAAAGUAUUCAGGUUUAUUUUUUUUCAUCUGAAGUCGCGGAAAAUUGUCUGCACACCCAGCAGCAGGAGAGAUCAAUAGCAACGAUGACAACUUAUUAAAGUUAACAUUCGUCACGGAGCUUUCAGCAUCAUUCCGAAGAAGGGAGGAGACGAAGGAGAACACCGCGAACCAAACUACUACGAAUAAUCAAAGAAGGAAAAUCAAACGAGUCAGGAAAGCGUCGGAAAUUCCUCUUUGUCAUCCGAGAAGGGGUCAAGGAACCAAGCAACUGCUGCCCCAACGAAGAAUAAAGGAAGAGCAGUAAGAAGCGAGCGUCAAACUUAGCAAAAAUGGUGCUGGGAAACGAGAAGAAGCCCGAAGAUUUGGAGAAGGGAGAGAAUAACCCCAUGAUAGUCAAGGCUCUCGAGGCACAGAUAGUGCCUCCCAGCACUGCCACCGCCGAGGAGUUGGAAGUGGUGGUGGAAAACCCAGACAGUGCCAACCCCGUCAUCACUACCAAAAUCAAAAUCAAGGGCCGAAUUGAGGAGGGCGAUGGCUUGUACGAAGAGCGCUCAACGUCCUCGUCCGACGAUGACCAGGGGCUCUCCCUCAUCCAGCGGGGCGUUUGUGACGAAGAUACUGAACCCGACAAGGAGACCAGUCUGGCCAUCCUUAUGCAAGUGAUGCUUCCUUUCCUGGUGGCCGGUCUCGGCAUGGUCGGAGCCGGUCUCGUCCUUGAUCUGGUUCAGCAUUGGGAUGUGUUUAGAGUUGUGAGCGAGCUUUUCAUAAUGGUUCCUGCUCUACUGGGUCUCAAGGGGAACUUGGAGAUGACCUUAGCUUCUCGUCUUUCCACACACGCUAAUUUAGGUCAUCUAGAUAAAAGAGAAGAGUGCGUUUCCAUGAUCAUUGGAAAUCUUGCUUUGAUUCAGUGCCAAGCUAUAGUGGUUGGAUUUUUAGCAUCAGUAGCAGCUGUUGUGAUGGGCUGGAUUCCAGAAGGUGCAUUUGAUAUAAUUCAUGCACUACUGCUGUGUGCAUCAGCCCUCGUGACAGCAUCUUUUGCGUCCUUCAUUUUAGGUGUUAUUAUGGUUGGAGUUAUUCUGCUUUCAAGAAAGUGCAGUAUUAACCCCGAUAAUGUUGCAACACCUAUUGCUGCUUCAUUAGGAGAUCUUACCACACUGGGCUUGCUUGCCUGGAUUGCAUCAUUACUAUAUGAGGCCAAAGACAAUGAUCAUUGGCUUUCACCCCUGGUGGUGGUUGGCUAUAUCAUGUCUCUUCCCUUGUGGAUUUGGCUGGCUUCAAGAAAUAAGCACACAAAGGAAGUCCUGUAUUCUGGAUGGACUCCUGUUAUUUGUGCUAUGAUGAUUUCCAGCCUUGGUGGUCUCAUCUUAGAUUUUGCAGUCUCUAGCUACAAGGGCAUAGCAGUAUUCCAACCAGUUAUUAAUGGAGUGGGAGGAAAUUUAGUGGCAGUCCAGGCUUCUCGUAUAUCAACAGCCUUGCACAGUGCAGCUCCACUAGGGAAGCUGCCCAAAUAUGUAGCAAGUUUCUGCAUCAACCCAUGCUCAGCAUUCUGUGCUAGAGCUGGCCAUCCUCGUACUGCCAGGGUACUUCUGUUACUGGUUGUUCCUGGACAUCUGGUCUUUAUGUAUACAAUUUCAUAUUUGAAGGCUGGACAUACUUCUCUCACUCCAAUCUUCGUUGUUACUUACCUUCUAGCUGCAUUCCUUCAGGUAUCAAUUCUACUGUACGUAGCUCAUAUCAUGGUCCACUGGAUGUGGAAAGCUUCCAUUGAUCCAGAUAACUCUGCCAUUCCAUACCUUACUGCUUUAGGUGAUCUUCUGGGCACAGGGCUCCUGGCCAUGGCGUUCCACUUACUCUAUGUUGUUGGUGAUAGAGAUGCUGACGUAGGUGACUAAUUGGUGAAAUUCGUAAAUAAUUUCCCUUUUCAAACAUAGAUAUGAAAAAUUAUGUUGAAUGUGGUAAUUUUACCUUUUAAGAGCAUACUUAAAAGGAAAAAAUUUCUACCCAAGGAUCAAAUUAUACAAUUGGAUCCUUUAAAACUGAAACUUACUAUCAUUAAUUUUUAUAAUUUUCAGAGUGAAUUGAAGGGUGCUAGUCUCAUGUAACAUGUUAUUGAGAAUUUUGUCUGUAUGAUUUGGUUGUAUGUUUUGGUUGUGUAGUACAAUUAUUUCGUAUCCUUUACAAAGGUAAUAAGACCUGAUGAAAUUUGGUCUUCAAUAUCAGUGAUUCUCUUAUUUAUGUUUCAAGAGUUGUUUACUUCGCUCUAUUUUUACCCAGAACUAUAUACGUAUAUAUUUUUUCUAUUUUAACAAAUGUGUUCCUAUCCUUUAGAUCAUAACAGGAAACUCAUCCAUAUUUACAUUAGUCUUAUUAUUGUACUUCAAUUAUGCAAUAUACAACAUGGAUCUCUCUGUAAAUUCCUGCCAUAUAUAUUAUUUGGUUGAAUUUCCCUAUUGUAUCCUAAUAGUAUCUGAAAAUGAUGAAAAUUUUUUCAAUCCAAAAAUUAUUUUUAAAGAUUGUUUAACUAAUGAUCAGUUGAACAUUGGUUUCAAUUAAUUUAAAAACACUCUUUGUCAAAACAUUCAAUUAACUGUUGUACCUAAUUUUGUCUGGUGUGUUGCCAUGGAUGAUUCCAGAAUAGCACCGUACAAGUUUCUGUAAGGUUUAAGUAUGGAAUAUGGCUACAUUACUGGAAACUUGUAGUACUCUCUGGUUUAAAUCCUUUUAUUUAAUGAUUUGGUUGUAUUUUAUUGUUUGAAAAAAAAAAUAAUUUUUAUUACACUGAUAAUGUACUUAGUUGCAUUUUUAAGCAUUUGUUUAUGAUGGUUCAUAAUCAUUUCAUCCCAUACAAAAAGGUAAAUCCAGUACCAUUAUAAGUGACUUGGGUUCUAGGAUACCUGUGAUACUGUUGAUGCUACAUUAUAAUGUUCACUGUUAACUGGAUUCAGAUAAAUGUUAUGUCAAGCUUAGUGAGAUAUGUGGAAAAUAGUAUACAUUAUUGAAAUGCAAUAUUCGCUGCAACUUAACUUUUACAUUGUGGCUGCUCCAUGUUUACGUAUUAUUAUCCCUCCUCAUAUAUUUCAUUGUUAGUUCAUCAGCCACUGUACUUUUUGGACAGUUACACAGUGAAAUUUGGGAUACCAGUCUUCAAAUGAUGUGUCCUGAAUACUUAUACUAAAGCAAAAGCAGAAUAUUGUAGACGAGUCGGUUGUUUUUCUUUCUACUCGUCUUCAUUAGCCCCUUUUUUUAACCAGCCUUGAUUUCAAGAUUCCUUUGAUUGAAUCAUCCUAUUGUAAAAAUUGCCUUAUUAAUCUUUGUGAUUUCAAGUAUGACAAAGAAGAUAUGUGAUGGUAAUAGUUUAUAAUGGAUGUCAAAUUAUUGUGAUAAACUCAAGAUGCUCAAGGAUAAAAAGUAGGAAAUGGUGCAGCAAAGCAGACUAUUUUGACAGUGAAAAUAGCUGUACUUAUUUGUCGUUGCAGUAGUAAUUAUAAAAUAAAAUGGGAUGCAGCAACAAUGAAAGGGUUAUGUUUGCAUUAGAGAUAUGUUUAUCAUACUUGUAUCUGUUAGAUAACUGCCCCAGUUUUUUUUUUUUUUUUUUUUUUUUCUCCAGUUUGCUCCAAGAAAAUUGUGUAAAAGUAAAAUCUACAAAAUUAUUUGACUUUCACGGCUAUCAUGUUUUGGUACUUUUUAAGAGAGGAGGGGUUUAAAAUUGUAAUUUUGUCUCAUUGGAUAGUAUUGGAUUUACUUUGAAUAUUUCCUGGCAGUUUUCAAGUUGGUUUUAGUGUGCUAAUCAUAUCUGUCUCAGUUCAGUAUUACUUAAGAGAAACACUAUUUGGGACUCAAAAUCCCAUUUAAAAGAUCUGGUAUAAUUAUUUCUUUUCAAUUGUGAAUAUUCAAUAUUUCAAGAAUUUUUUUUUAGCCAAGAUGUUUAUCUAAGAAGAAUUAAAAUUCCAUGCAAAAGAUCUGGUAUAAUAUUUUCUUUGAAAUUAACUUGAAUAUUCAUUGUUAUAAAAAAAUUUUCCAUCCAAGAUGAUUUCAUAAGAGAAAUUUCAGGGUAUUCAUUGAAUUCAAAAUGGAAUUCUAAAAUGUGCACAUGUUGAGAAUUGUAGAAUGCAAAUACUGGCUACAGUAAUGAAAGAAUUUAAAAAUAUACUGUAAUCCUAAAUCUAUAUGCAACUAACUAUCUCCACUAACAUUUAUGUUUUGAGAGUAACAAUGGUGUGUAUGGUUAUUUAAAGGGUGUGAAAAGUUAGGAAAAUUAUUCCAGCAUAAGAAUCUUCAAAUAAAUCCAACUUUUGUAGUUGGAGCAGAUUAUAUACAGUACAUGGAAGGUUUUUUAUAGACAUUUUUUCUUGGUACAGAAGUUAUAUAUAUAAAUAUAUUUUUAUUAUAGACAUUUACUUUAUCUGGAAAUUCCCAAAGCAUAAUAACAAAAUCGUAACUCAGGAUAAAGACUGACGAAUCUGCGUUGAAUUCAAUAUGAUGAAAAGUGCCUUAUUAACAGUACUUUACUUCCUAUACUUGCUAGCAGUAACAAAGGAUAGCGUAUGUACUAAAGUAGGUCACUGUUUUAUGGGGAUCUUUUUGUUAGUACUGUAAAUUGUCAAUGAAAUAAAGUUAUGCACAUACA